GUGGGGAAUCUCGGCCUUUCCUACCCCUCUCGAGCCCUGCCCAGGAAUUAUGUGGCCCGCCCGGGGGCUAUCCGCCCAGCAUUCCUUAUCCUGUAGACCCAUCCUCUAGCCUAGUCAGGACCCUGCCCUGCCAGACCUAUCUCUGAACCCCAGGAUCACCUUUAAACGCCACGUCCCUCACGCAAGCCACGGUCUCCCCUUGUUCUAUCCUUUAGUUGUUCCUGUCCUGUCCCAGUACUUAAGUGCCUGCGUCCUGCACUUGGGUCCACGCUCAUGUCCCCUUGUGACAAUAAGUCCCUUUGCUUCAGUGGCUUAAUUUUUUUGUGGUUUUGUCUGAGGUUGAAAAUUAUCCACACACCUUAAGCAUUCGUUUUUAACAGUAGUUAUCCCCAAAUAUGUAACUUUGUCUUUUACUGGAAUAUUAUUAAUUUUAGAUUGAGUGCAACAUUUAAGAGGAAACGAUUCACAUUUCUGAAUAUUUAGAUAGAGGCCUGAGGCUUUGGAGAAAGAGAAAUACAGUUUAAAGCCAAUGAGAUUUGCGAAACAUUUAAGAGUUGUAUCAUCUGCAACCUGACUAAUCCGAAAAUUGGAACUUCCACGGGAUUAUAUUUUGCACUGAUGAUCUGUUACCGUUUAUGUUCCAGUCGUAAAACCAAAGGCCAGAAUCACCAUUUUGCCUCUAAUUUCAAUAGAUGCAUAGCAAAUCAGUGUGAGUAGGAAAGGUGUGUGUUGACUCUGUCAAUUUCUCUGUGUAAAUUGCCUGUGUUUGGUGAUUGCUGCAAACAGAUGCAGGUAAAUGACAAUACGGGGAAAUCCGUGUACAUGGGUGGUUGAAGUUUGCUACGGAUCCCGCGGGCUGAAGAGUUGUCUCCGUGCUGUAACGAUCAAUGACUGAUUCCAGAAGCCUCAAUUCCUACAAUAAUCUUUUGCCUGUUUGAAGCCUGUCGGCGAGGAAGGAGUUAUAACUUGUGUAGCUUUGCAUCUCAAGGCGUUUCCUGUUUAUCAGCCGAUUUAUAUCAGUUUCGAUUUCCCUUAUUCCUUUCUAUUGUUUUACUUCGAUGUAAUUUCCCCAGUACGUUGACUGUGUUGAUGCUUUCAUAGCCAAUCUGAGGUCACUGCAAGAUUACUGCGUAUCUUCUACCAGUUUACUCAAUUCUUGGUGACCUUGGCGAUUUCAUUUGGGAGAGAGAAAGAUCAUGUCGUUUUUAUCACAGGCCCAAAGAAGGGGAUGUUCUGAAAUCCUAAAAUCAUUAAGCUGCCGUAGUUUGGAUGAUCUGAAGGACGCUAUAGUCGGUGACGGGUUGACUACAGAUGACCUCAUCGGUAUCAUUCUGAACCACAGCCAAAGUGCAGAAGAGCUCCUAAAACGCAGGAAGGUUCUGCAUAAGGAAAUAUUAAAGUACCUAAAUAAACAAGGUUUCGAACUUUCUCCAUCGUUGGACAAACAGAAACUUAUUGAUUACGCUUUGACCUAUUGGAGUAUAACAGAAAUGACCGGAGACCCAUCAACAGCUGAAACCAAUCUGCAAUUCCGGCACCCAAUACCAAUGGAAGAACUGGAGGAGGCAAGGAGACAAGAGGAGCAACUGCGAAGGCAAGAACAAAUACCGAAUCCACCACAGGGUGCAACAGCCACGGAGUUGGUAAUUUCACAGACCCAAAGAAGAGGAUGUUCGGAAAUUCUAAAAUCAUUAAGCUGCGAUAAUUUGCUUAGACUGAAGAACAUUGUAGUCUGUGGAGGGUUGACUACAGAAGACCUCAUCGGUAUCAUUCUGAACCACAGCCAAAGUGCAGAAGAGCUCCUAAAACGCAGGAAGGUUCUGCAUAAGGAAAUAUUAAAGUACCUAAAUAAACAAGGUUUCGAACUUCCUCCAUCGUUGGACAAACAGAAACUUAUUGAUUACGCUUUGACCUAUUGGACCAGAGAGCCAUCAAAGGCUGAAACCAAUCUGCAAUUCCCGCACCCAAUACCAAUGGAAGAACCGGAGGAGGCAAGGAGACAAGAGGAGCAACUGCGAAGGCGAGAGCAAAUAGCGAAUCCACCACAGCGUGCAAAAGCCAUGGAGUUGGACAUGCAUGUGAAUAUUUCACAGUAUUAGCAAGUGGUAGUUGGAGUCUCAGAAGGUGAACAAAUGGGCAAGGCGUCUGCGAAUGGUUCUUCCAGCUUCUGAACUCUCAGAAUUCUUCCUUUGGACAAAGUGUGGGACUUCUGGGUCGAUGCAAUUCUUCACUUUACCUAUUGUGUUUUUGAACAGCUCUUUGGGCUCAUCCACACACCAAUCUGAGUAAGCAACUAGAAAAUCAGGUAUAUUAAUCUUCAGGUGAAAGCUUCUUUAUGAACAGCUUGUAAUUAUGCAACCCAAUGAGUCUGUUCAGAUGACAGAACUACAUUUGCUUGUUACUAUCAUUUCAGUUAACUGAUAGAUUUCCUCCAUGAUCUAAGUGUAAAUUUUGUUUUGAUAUAUUUUUACUUGUUGGCGGUUUGAUGUUUAUUUUUUAGAAGCUUUCUUUUUGACACAUGGCUCCGAGGUUGUAUCCUCGGUUGGUUUUUUUUGGACAUGCAGAGGGAUGUCUCCAGACAGGUAUAUGUAGUUCAGCACACUAACUUUUCUUGCUUAGUAGGGUUUUUUAUUCACAAUUUUCAAUUUUUAAGAUAAUUUUUUGAGGCAUUGUAAGUAUUAUUACUUUGAUGUACCUGUGUAUUUUUGAAUAAUAAUAAUAAAAAGAUUUGAGAAAAAAAUGUAUCUGUUCUGUUACGUACUCGUGACACAUGACAGUGGUGCCCUUGUCACGUGACUGGGGUUGAAGCUAUACUGGACUUGAGGUAUGGUCUUGUGAUGGUGGAGUGAUGUCAUUUUCCCGCCAGUAGAGAUCAUGUGACAGGUUAUAAAAGGAAGACCCCACCCUGUGAGGAGGGGCAGUUCGUAGCUGGAUUUGCCAAGUUGACUUCAUGCCACUGCGUGAUUUAAGUGAUGACGCAGUUUAGUUGAAAGAUGAAGUUUUAUCUAAUGCCUAAAGUUUAAAAGGUCAUUGCCAACAGGUUCUUUACGAUUCUGCUAGUUCGAGAAAUUAGUGGAGAGUGAAGAUCGAAGUUCGGGAGUUAAAGAUCGAGGAGAAUUGCUUUCUACGGUGAAACGGAUUUCGACCUUUGUUUGAUCCUUAUUUGGAAGGAUUUCGUUGACUAUCUUCGUGUUAAUCCCUGGGUUUUACCAGAAAGGAUUGAAGAUAGUGAGGAAGGAAAGGUCAGUGCCUUCAAGCCGUUUUGUUUCGUAUAUUCUUUGUGGGAAGUUCGACGUCGGGGAUCGAAGCAAGCGACGUGAAAGAGAACCUAAAUCGUCUUAUAAUGUCUCUCCUUUUAAAUGGACUGUGAGCAUAUUGAACUUUUGGCAAUACCACUGUAAAGAACUGUUUUUGCAAUAUCGCUUUAAGAACUGUUUGAGCUGCCGCACCGCAGUUGGUUUCCGGUUACGUUAGUGUUUGUUUACUUUUGGGGGGUUUGUUUUCUGUGUUUAAUAAACGUGUUGUUUGUUAUAAAAAACCCUUGCCAAACUCAUAUAUUUAUUGUUGCCUGAAUACGUAACAGUUCAGAUGACAGAACUACAAACCUGUAACAAUGAAUUAAGUGCACUUCCAAAGUAAUUUGUUUUGGAAACCAUUUUCAGUUUUAUAGCCUGAAAGGAUUUGAAAUUUGUGUGGAUUUAUGUAAUGGGUGGCCAUUUUCCUGCAUAAAUGACACGGGAUAAUAAAAUUUAAA